AUGACGCAUACAAUUGUUUCUGUUUAGGUUACAAGCAUGUCGGACGCUUCAAGAGCGACAAGGCAUAUGCUGAAAGCUACCGACGAUGGAGAUAUAGACGACUACAACAAAUGGGUAAGUCGAGGAGCUGACACCACUGGUACGGACAAAAAAGGGCAGAACGCGCUACACUUCCUCGUCAAACAGGGGAAGUACCGGAUGUUACAACAGGUGCUUAACAGUCAACCGGAAGUGCAUAAUCUAGUAAACAAAGCGGACAACAAAGGAUGGUCAGCGCUUCACCUCUGCUGUAUACAACAUCCGGUGGAACUUCGAACAUUGGAAUCACUGCUGACUGUAGGAGGGGACCCAUACCUGGAGAACAAAUGUGGUAAAUGUAAGGAUCUCGUUGACGAUGAUGCCAAGGAAUUUCUACAUUGGAGGAAGCGUCAUCACAAUGGAUUGCCAAGGGACAUCAAAACCCUCCCAAACGAAUACAUUCUAUUAUAUAUAAGGAAAUUUGGCCACCUUGGUGACGAUUUUACCACCACGUAUGACAGGAUAUUAGAGGAAGGAAAGGUUGAAUCCAACGACAUCCAAAUCAUUAUUACAGGCCCACGUGGUGUAGGGAAAACCACCUUAUCAAAGUCUAUGAUGGGGUGGAAGGCAAAGAAAAGCGGACAAACUCCAACUAAAUGUAUAGAAAUGUAUCCCAGAAGGUUCACGAUCGACUUGGAUGAUGGAAGCAGAGACGACAAUGGGGAUGAACCAGAGAUUGUAUCUUGCUUACAACAAUUCGUGGACUCUGUGCUGAAGAGGACGGAAGAUCAGGGACAUCCUAGAAAGCAGACCUGGCUGAAGCGACACUUGUCUGUAACUACUCGGCCUGGGAAGGAGGUAUCGGAACAAAAUACUAGAGGCACAAGUGAGAAACCAACGGUGUCCGUAUUGGAUUUCUCUGGAAAUAGUGUGUAUGAGGGUAUCCAACACAUGUUUAUGACAAGUAACUGUGUUUAUAUCCUAGUUUUCUCAUUACAGCUAUACCCAAGACUGGAGGAGAUGCUGGUCGGUGUUCAUGAACGACUUCGGUACAUAUCCCUUUCGAAGAACGGACAACAUCCAGGUGUUAUACUAGUGGGAACCAACCUGGACAAAGUUCCGGAUUCGUCAAAAAAUCAGGAAGCAAUUCACGCAGAAAUAAGGGAACAUCUGAAGGAGCAUACUGAAUUAGGGAAAUUCGCAUCCGAGCACGUGCAAAGAAUUUUUCUCGUGAAUUCCCUCGAAUUACAGCAAGAAGUAAGAGAAGAGAUUUGGCAAUCUACCGUGACGGCAGCUACUCGAGAUCACCAAUGGCGACAAGAAGUUCCCGCGAGAUGGCUAGCUCUAGAACGAGAACUCCUUCGCUAUAGGGCCAAUGGUCACAAAAUCAUGACGUUUGGAAAUGUUUGUUUAGUUGCAAAAGAAAUGGCGGUCCCUAUACAGGAGGAGGAACAAGUAAAGGAAUGUCUAAGGCUCUUGCACCGGAAGAAAGCUUUACUGAUAUGCAAUCAACUAUUGUCUCUGAAAUCAGACGAUCCGAUAGUCCUGAAUACAAGAUGGCUGAUCAGUCGUCUAGUCGAGCUGUUGGCAGUCCAACAGCCAUUUGUGUCGCCUGAUUUUAUGGAAUGUUUCCUGGAAGGUGACUCUAAAACGGAAACACCAAGAAACAAGAAAAUGUUCAUGGCAACUAUUGUUCAGUUAUCCUUGGUCGCUGAACCUCUUCCAGAAAAGACGAAAAACAAACCUGGUCACUACAUUCUGCCGUGUAUGCUUCCUCCAGUAAAUAAUCAGCUCAUCACAUCGAUUCUGAGUCAGAGGAAGAAAUGUUCAACCUUGUGUUUCGUUUCCAACGAUCACUUUAUUCCAUCUGCAAUACGUGACAGGCUGUUGACGAUUUGCAUCAACAGGUUUGAAGUGCUAUCCGAUCUGAACUCUCGGGAGAUGUUGCUGUAUAGACAUAAUGGGUGUUUUAUAAUGAACCCCGGUGUAUACCUAUCACUGCAGUGCAGCAAAUCUAGAAUGAAACUGACUUUGUUUUCAUGUACGGAUUCUCAAAUACAUGCCGGGAUCGGCAACGUCAUUAGGGAAACCGUGGUAAACUUGUUUGGCGAUCGCACGAAAUAUGAUUGUCGUCUUCUAUAUGACGAUGUUUCAUGUGAGAUCUUAGUCCCUGAGGACGGAGUUAUCAGACAGAAUACUGAUCCAUUUCACCAAAAUCUGCCAGAGGACGUGGCCAUAUGGUUUGGACAAUCCCAACAGAUGCCAGACAUCCCUUCGAUAGGUAACAGUUUGGACCCUCUGCAAGAUCUUGAACUUAAUCCAAAACGGCUGAGUCAUGUAGCAAAACAUAUUUGGAAUAGCUAUGCCGUGGUGUUUGCCGCCCUUGGAGUAGAGACCUCCGUUGUCGAACAGGAAAGAUGGCAGCACAAACAUCUUGACUUCCGCUCACAACUUACGAAAAUACUUCUACGCUGGCGAGCAUUGAAGAAAGAUGCUGCUUCUCUUCAAAUGAUUGUCGCAGCUAUGAAAUUGAACAACAUUCCAUACGAGGAAAUGCUUCUAGACCCUAUCUUGGCUGGCGAGACGACAACGACAAUGACAAAACUUAAAGAUAUGGGUGCGUCUGUCAUUCCGGAUAUGGAUCUAUCCAGUUCCCCUUCUAGAGAUGACCUGGAAGUGAUAGCCAGAAUUGUUGGUUCUAGUUUUCUUGUGUUCUUCCUGGAACUCGACGUAGAUUAUCGUGAUAUCAAAAAGGCAAUGGAACUCCAUCGACGGCAGAGCGAGAAGGUUUUAACGAUGUAUCUCCUGGAAGUUUGGGGUCAAAGGUUAGGAAGUAAGGCGACUUUCUAUUGUGUAGUGCGUGCCAUGGAGGAAACCAACUUGGAUACGUCACAGCUGAAACAUAUCAAUCCACGCAGUAGUCAUUGUUGAUGUUAGCGUGACACACAACAUGUAUGAUAGACCAAUGUUUUAUAGUGAACUGUAUGUGAAAAUAUUUCAUUCCCCUAUCAGUAUAUAUAUUUAUAUAUAUAUAGUGGAAAAUAUAAACUCAACACGACAACUGCUGUGUUUCGCUAACUUUGUCAGGUCAGACGGUCAUCUUAAGGCGAGUCAUUUUUUAACGUCUCGGUUACCACAUUAUGACGUCACAUGCAAUAUAGUAACACCAGGGGAGAUAACGACACUUAUCAAAGUGUUGUUACAUUAAUUUGUUAAAUGUUUAGUGUCUGUUGAAAAAGUAGACAUUUAAAACAAAUCAAUUUGCAUUCAAUUUCGGUUUAAAUAUUUUCACAAACAUUUCUUCCUUGAAAUGUCUUUUAGUGAUGCAAGUAUCCACCAUUUUGUAAAAGGGAUAUAAACAGAAUAUCCCUUUGCCACAAUUGUCUCGGUGUUCACUAAGUGGAAUUUUGUGUGUUCCCGGGGUACGUUUUCCCAUUUUUCAAAACAAGAUAUUUCCCUACAUAUAUAUAUAAUUACAGGUCCCACGCCUCGUAUCUUCGCACUUGGAUAAUUCCAAAUCUUUUCACUUUUUAUGUUGUUAUGUGUUUAUCCAUGGUUCAUAGGAGUUGCCAGGGCUGUGGAGCCCUUGGUUCAACCCCGAUCAAUAGUGUGUCCUCACGCAGGAGGGCUUGCUCACUGCACAUCAUUAAGUUUAAGCUCUAAGCAUGAACACUGCUAUGCUAUCGCUUACUGAACAGCAUAAUUAUUAAUAGAAAUUGAAAUAAUUGAGACCAAAGGCUGAAAUAAACAUCAAUAAAUCAAAUUUUAUACAGGAAGAACGAACACAAAGCUCUAUCAAUUUUAACAUAAUCAAGGAGGAGUAACUUUUAAAAAAAUAGUAGAGUAUGGUUAACUGGAAAAUAAUUAAUUAUUAUUGUUGAUAAGCAAAAGUUUGAUUUAGCGUUAAUUUAACGUUAA